AUGGCCUUGGCGAUUAGGAAGCGUCCUAUUGAGGAUGUUGACAUGGUUGACCUGAAGACGAAAAUGACCAAAGCUUUCAUAGAUGGUGAAUCAGAUGAAGGUAAGAUGGAUAUUCUGAUCACAGAUCCGAACAAUAUUGAUAUUCAUACUCGACCAGUCGAUCGCUCAUACACCUCGACCAACGACGGCUUGGAUCUGGAUUUUACCAAUCAGCAGGAAGAGUUCAAGGUCCAGUACAUCUCGGCGUCAGACUAUUAUUUUGACCCAUCAAAUAGAUGGGAAAGAGAUGAAGAGGAAGAAGAAUAUUGGAAGUGCCGUCUUUUACCUUCACCCCGACUCGUGAAUUACCGAUACGAACUUGCCCAAGAUAAGUACAACUCAAUCGAACCCGAUGAUCUAGAAUUUCUGAGUGUGUCAGAUCUGCAAGGUGAGAUGGACGAGUGUCAUAGAAGAAGGGAGGUGGAAGCCAAUAGCAGAUCUCGUUGGUAG